AUGUCAUCAAAUCCCUUGAGCUAUACCCUGUUCUUAUAUCGUCAAGAAUUGUCACGCCGGGAGGCGAGCUAUUUGCAUUUGAAUAAAACCAAGUUCCUGCUUACCGAUGAGCUGAUAAACAAAAGUUUUCGAAAUUUGAAGCAAUGCUCUGCAGCUGACCUAAAGGCAAUUUCACGUGAAUUGAUGUUCAAAAAGAAACUCAAGCGACACAUACGUCGUAUACGCAAAUUAGCAAAAUUGGGUAUUCAAAAUGCUAAUCCCGCAUCGCAGACCACAAAACUUUAGUAGCUUGUAUUUAAAUUAUUAUUAUUUU